UCUUCUCUUUUUGUUGUUUCACUUUUGUUUUUCUGUCUGACAUGUUUUAGCAUACAUUUAUAAAAACCUAGUUUCAGCACACUCAUCAUAUCUUCGUUUCUUCCUCAAAAUUGAGCGCCAAGGCCUCCAGAAAGACCAUCAAUUUAACUAGCUUCUUCGAAACUCUUGAAAUAGAUUUUGCCAGUUAUCCGUGGGCAUGUCUACUGCAUUGACGCCUUCAAAGAGACUGCAUGAUAGUAAGUCCACGGAGACCAAUGGGAAAGGAAAGCGGCAAAACACAGCUGGCACCAAUUCCCCCAAUCAACCCUUGAAAUCCUCUCCGGCUGCUGUAGUUUUCCGUAUAUUAUGUCAUGCUCCAAAAAUUGGCACUGUCACUGGGGAAGGUGGUGCUGUUAUUUCACAAAUUCUUCAAGAAACUGGUGCAAAGGUUAUCGUGGAGGAAAAUAUACCUGGGUGUGAUGAGCAGAUAAUUGUUAUCACUGGUUCUGAUGAAAAGACUGAAGUCAGUAUUGAACAGAGCAAAAAGGAUGGUGAUGAAGAGGCUAAUGUGGCUGAAGAGAGUGAUAAUAAAAAUGACGGCAAUGAGAAGGAAGAAGAGAAGGAAGGUGUUCCUGUAGAAGACUCAGGGACUGUAAAAGAAACUUCAUCAAUGCAGAAAGCGUUGUUGCUUGUUUCGGAAAAAAUGUUUGAAGCAGAUCCGGUGACAGAUGGAGGGGAUGAGGAAAAUAACAAGCCUUCUACUUUUAUUUUGAGGUUACUUGUCCUUUCCAGUCAAGUUGGCUGCCUUUUGGGAAAGGGUGGCAGUGUAAUCAAACAAAUGUCAGCUGAAAGUGGGGCACAGAUUAGGAUCUCUCCUAGGGAUAGACUUCCCAUAUGUUCCUCAGUUUCUGAUGAGCUAGUUGAGAUAACAGGAGAGGUUGAUGCAGUUAGGAAAGCUCUCCAAUCAGUUUCUAAACAGCUUUUGGAGAAUCCACCAAGGGAUCAUGACUCUUUCCCUGCCAAUCCUUCUGGGACUUCAUCACAUUCAUCCGGCCAUUCUCAUCCCAGGCCAGAAGCUUACCUGCAACGCCAUUCUUUUUCUGGUCGUGGAAAACCUUAUGCUGUUAGACCCCGGGAUCGUCAUGAAAGUGUUAUCCAGGAUCAAAUGAAACCUGUGCCUGACGUACUAACCUUCCGCUUAUUGUGUCACAAUGAGAGAGUAGGAGGUGUCAUUGGAAAGGGAGGUACAAUAAUAAAGAUUCUUAAGCAAGAAACUGGCUGUGAUAUUAAAGUUAUGGAAGGAGUUUCUGAUUCGGAGGACCGAGUAAUUGUCAUCUCUGGUCUGGCGCACCCAGAUGAUAGGAUAUCAGCUCCUCAAGAUGCAGUUAUUCGUGUGCAGACCAGGAUAGCUAUGGCUAUAUCCAACAAAGAGAAGGCUAUAAUAGCAAGGCUUCUUGUUUCCUCUAAUCAAAUUGGUUGUCUCCUUGGCAAGGGUGGCGCCAUCAUGUCUGAAAUGAGGAAGUCAUCUGGCGCCUAUAUUCGUAUACUAGGGAAGGACCAGAUUCCAAAUUGUGCUUCAGAAAGUGAAGGAGUGGUUCAGAUAAACGGAGAGUUUGAGGUAGUUAAAGAGGCUCUUUUGCAGAUAACCACUAGGUUAAGGCAUCAUUUCUUCCAAAAUCUAUUUCCUUCCAUGGACCAUCUUUCAAAUCCUGCAUUUUUGGAUCAAGUACCUCCAUUUCCUCCAUAUAUGGGAAGGAAGGAACUCUCUCCUCCAUUCCAUUCAUUUCCCAAUUUUGAUGGAAUGGUUGGUGCACCUCCACAUGUCAGUUUCCCUCCCCAUGAUGAUCAUCCUCCUUUCAUGCACAAUAUUCAUAGACCAGGGAUGCCCCCACAUAUAGCUGAAAGAAAACCAUGGGGUCCUCAGGGACUUGUUGAAGGUGGUGGCCCAAUGGGCUUGCCAGACUUUGCAGGACCUCCACAUAGAAGAAUUUCAGGUUUUGGAGGGGUGAGCCAUCCAGCUAUAAUUACAAGUACUACUAUAGAAGUUAUUGUUCCUCGUACCAUUGUUCCUGUAAUUUAUGGAGAAGAUGGCGCAUGUUUGAAACAAAUUCGUCAGAUCUCUGAUGCAAAAAUUACCAUUAACGAGCCAAAGCCAGGAGCUUCCGAAACUGUGAUUAUAAUAUCUGGGACACCUGAACAGACCCAUGCAGCACAGAGUCUUAUUCAAGCAUUUGUUAUGAGUGAAAGGGAGUCUUCCUGAACUUAUUGAUUAGCUUGAAAAAAGAACUAACUCAUUUAAAUGCAACUGAGACUUGAUAUCUCCGGUGGCACUGAAGAUCAUGAAGAUUGAAGAUCUCCAUAGAUCAAAAUUAGCAGUUUUGUGAGUACAGUAAAACCCACCUGAACUUACCUAUGAACAGAUAUCAUACUUUGCAGAUUGAUUAGCUCCUUCUUGGAUUGCAUGUCUGGUGAAUGUCAUAUGAAGUGUUAUAUAAUGAUGAAAUUGUACCUUCAACAUCCAUGAAAGUUGGUGAUGAUGAACUUAUAUUAAAUGGAAAGCAAUCUUUGAUUAA